AUGCGGCACGAGGCGUUUUGGAGUGCCCUGGAGUACGCCUGCCGAUUGCUGGGCAUCUCCACCGCAGCAGUGCUGAUCGGCGUGGGGGUAGAAACUCUGCAACGAGGGCAGUUCAAAAGCCUGGCUUUCUAUCUGCUUUUUUCAGGGAUUGCAGUCACUGUCUGUGAAGGCUUCUUCUUUAUCAGUUUGUUCCUGGAGAUGUGUUUCACAUAUGAGCCCAACUCCCUGGCACACGCCUGCUGGAAGCAAGCUAGGCGCCCGGGGAGCUUCCAGAAAUUCCUGGGGUACACACUGCUCUCGGUGGCUUGCUUCCUGCAUCCCGUCCUUGUCUGGCACGUCACCAUACCUGGCUCCAUGCUGGUGCUCACCGCCCUGGCCUACUUCCUGCUGAGCAAGAGGAGAAAGAGCCCAGAGCACAAAGAGGCGCAUCCCCAGGUGGGCCAAUAUGUGGAUCCUACAGCCACCACAGCAGCCUCGACCAUUGCUGGUGACACCGAGCAGACAUACACGUUUCAUGGAGCCCAGAGGGAGCAGCACCGCUCGCUGCUGGGACACAUGAAGAGCAUCCUGAAGGGCAGCAAGGACAGGAGCCUGCCACCAGCAGCCCCUGCCCAACCAGAGGCCCCGCCAGCUCCUCGCAAGCAAGUGCACUUCCAGGAGAAGGUGGUGCAGAUCAUCCCCUCUGUCAGUGAGAGCCUGGAUGAGAUGGAGAGCGAGGCUGAGGAGACCACGUCAGACACAGCACCUAUCCUCACCCCUCCUGAUGCCCCUGUCGUCCUCACUCCCCUCAGCUCCACAGGCCUGUUUUGA